AGAUCUUUAUUUAAUCAUGCCGUUUCAUUGGGAUUUUGACCUCAGGAACACGAUCUGCAAAACGCAAAUAAAAGCACAACACAAUAAACAGUAAUUAAAAAUAAUUCAAGUUAUAUAUAUUUUUUAAAUCACAUAAGUGGCAUACGACUGAAAUCAGCUCUGUCAACAUUAGUGCGUAUACCUUAGGCAUAUCUAAGGCUAAUUGUUAGAUAAUAAUUGAAUAGAAUGUCACACUCCACUACCGUUUUUCCCGGUGCUGUAGUCAUUUCAACUUGGAGUUCGUCGCUUCUACAACCAAUGAGCACGCGCCUGUGUGCUGGAAACAGAAGCCGAUUGGCUCAAAACACAGUAUCGUCGUCACAUUCUUAGCCAAUUGGUCGGACGGCUUGUCUUGACCGCCCGAGGCCCGCCCCUUUCCUCUCCUCCGUGAGGACAACGUUUUCCCAUCCGGACCGGAGUGGGGAGGGGAAUAAAACGCACAAGAACAGCAGCUAGCAGACCGAGGUCUGACUGCCGGAAGAACCAGAGGAGCCUUCUGCCGCUUCACCGGGAUUCAGGCGGAUAUAACAGAUAUAACGACCCCUCGUACGGUUGAUCCGGGGCUGAAGGACGAUGGCGCUCUCCUGAACGCCCCCGACCCUCCCGCUCCCUUCAUCCUACGCCACCCCGCCGCCCUCACCAUGAACCACACCCCCAGCCCCCACCUGUCCGAUGGCGGUAAGUCGGCCGGGGGCGGCCUGCUGUGCAGCCUGGGUCUGGGGUCCGACAGGGGCCUCCGCUCCCCGGACAGCCUCGCGCACACGCCGAGCCCCACGGGAGGGACCCCCAGCUCCAGCCCCCCGCUGCUGCUGUCGCCGGGGCUGGGAGGCUUCGGCCUGGGGUCCCUGGGCGCUCUGGGCGACGUAGCCGGGGCCGACUGGGAGAGCAGGGAGGAGCUGAGGCUCAGGGAGCUGGAGGAGGCUCGGGCCCGGGCGGCCCAGAUGGAGAAGACCAUGAGGUGGUGGUCGGACUGCACCGCCAACUGGAGAGAGAAGUGGAGCAAGGUCCGUGCGGAGCGUAACCGUGCGCGAGACGAGGUCCGCCAGCUGCGGCAGCGCCUGGACACCAUCACCAAGGAGCUGACCAGUGUCCGGCGGGAGCGGCAGGAACUGGCCUCGGAGAACGAGACCCUACGGCAGGAGACGCUGUGCCUCCGCGGCGCCCCCGCCCCCGACGCUCCUCCCCUCCCCCCCCCCGCGUCCGCCCCCUCUCCAUCGUCCUCCCCGGCGCACCCUCGCGACGCUUCCUCCUCCUCGUCCUCUCCAUCCAUCCCGCCCUCCUCCCCCGCCUCCUCCUCCUCUCAGGUCCAGGCCGACGGCAACCCGCACAGGGUGGGGGAGGGGCCGCCAGGGUCACCGGAGCCGGAACCGGUGAGGGACGUGGAGUUGGACGGACAGAAGUCGCAUCAACAGAAGGACUGUGAGGUGCUGGACUCGGCCCUGCGCUCCAGGGGCCCGGACGCUGACCCUCAGGAGGCGUGGGAAAGCCGCGGCGCUGUUCACCCGUCCACCCCGCGCUCGUCAUCCGGGCUGAGCCGGCAGGAGCGCAGCAGGCAGCUGUGGGAGGACAUGGGCACGGCGGAGGACGACUCCGGCAAACUCAACGCCCUGCAGCUCCGGCUGGACGAGUCCCAGAAGGUCCUGCUGAAAGAGAGAGAAGACAAGCAGGCGCUGGGCAAGAGCAUUGAGAGGCUGGAGGGCGAACUCACUCAGUGGAAGUUGAAAUACGAGGAGCUCAGCAAGACCAAACAGGAGACCCUUAAACAGCUGAACCUGCUGAGGGAAAUGCAUCAGGACGAACUGGGCCGCAUAUCUGAAGACCUGGAGGACGAACUGGGAGCCCGGACCAGCAUGGACAAGAAACUGGCUGAGCUGCGAGCUGAGAUGGAGAGGCUGCAGGUGGAGAACGCGGCAGAGUGGGGGCGCAGGGAGCGCCUGGAGACGGAGAAGCUGGCCCUGGAGAGGGACAACAAGAAGCUGAGGGCUCAGGCCGAGGACCUGGAGGACCAACUGUCCAAGAAGCGGCGGCAGGCCGCCUCGGCGCUCGACACCGACCUCAAGGCCAUCCAGAGCGAGCUGUUUGAGAGGAACAAGGAGCUCGCCGACCUUCGCCACGUUCACGCUAAGCUGAAGAAGCAGUUCCAGGAGAAGACGGUGGAGCUCGCCCACGCCAACCGGCGGGUGGAGAGCCACGAGGCCGAGGUCAAGAAGCUGCGACUGAGGGUGGAGGAGCUCAAGAAGGAGUUGGGACAAGCAGAGGACGAGCUGGAUGAGUCCCACAACCAGACCAGGAAGCUGCAGAGGUCCCUGGAUGAGCAGGUGGAGCAGACUGAGAACCUGCAGGUACAAUUGGAACACUUACAGUCAAGACUGCGGCGGCAGCAGCAAAGUCCCGGUCUCUUCGGGAAGAUGCGAUUGGCUCGUUUCAGCCCAGAAAACCCGGACGUUCCGACCAGCGACAUGGACGAGGAGGAGGAGGAUCUGCAGCUCCAGAUACCAUGACACACACACACACACACACACACACACACACACACACACACACACAAGGCCGUGAAGCGAUGCAGGAUAUACUCUUUCACGGCAGUUACAUGAAAGAAGUUGAAAACAUUUCGCAACAGAAGGCGCCCGUCUUCAACCAGCUGUCCAGUUCUUAAAGGACCGCUCCGACAUUAUGGGAGAUUUUUUACCCGCAGGAUCAAAAGGUCAACGCCACUUUUAUCUCUGAACGGACACGUGUCAGCGUUGGAUUGAAUUGUUCAUGAUCAAUAAUGUAAUUAGCAUUAAAAAAAACAAGCAACCUUUGUCAAAAAAAGCUAUUGAGAGAAACCAGACAAUUGUUCAUCUGGAGUUGAAACAUAAACAGGUGAUGUGAUAAAGUUUCUACCCAGCAACCGCAAUCCUUCCACAAGGCCACUAAGACACGCAAACGUUUGGGCGUCCUCGCAUUUACCGAUGAGCAAGGAGAUCAAACGCAGCAGGCGUGUGACGGACAUGAACUUCCACCAAACCACUCAAGCAGAGGCCCCACAUCCAUUGUUACCUCGUAUCAUUACAAGCAUUACACCUGUGUUACACCUGUCCCGUCUGAACCGUGCUACUGUUCUCACUAUAGCCUCAAGCCCGCAUCCACAUCCACAGUGUUAAUACCUUCCUCAUGGCUGUCAGCUGUGAAGAAAAUGAGCUUGAAAGUGUUGCUUCAUCACAGUACGGAUUUUUAGGAAUUUCUCCCUAAUAUUGGAUAAUCAACCUCUAUUUCACAUGUAUUUAAAAUGUCCCAACUGAUGCUGGGUGCACACUGCACCACAUUUAGUCUCGUUGUUGGAUAGAAUUACAGCAGCAGAUCUCCUGACCUUCCCCCCCGGUGGCUGUAUUUGUGUUGAGUCCUUUAUGAAGUCAUGGCUGUAUGCUUGCUUUGGGACGGCAUUCACACAGAAUACAUCCAGCAGUAAGGGGCAGUCAGGGCUGAACUGAAUAUAAAUCAAUAAACAUUCAGCGUUUCCGUCUGUCACCACAUUUCAUUACCUCAUCACCUUCAUCUUCAUUAGCUUUAUAAAUGUAAUUUAUGGUUCUGUUAAAUUACUGCAGGACACCCAUUUAAUAUAAGUAUAUUUAGCAUCUCCCUUUGUAUAUAAGUGGGAGACAAAAGUGUUUUCUGACUGCAGGGUUUUGGAAUGACUAAACUCCAACAAAUACAGAUGGAAGAAUAUUUUGUAACAUAGACAUGAUGUGAAUUUGGGCCUUUUUUCAAAAUAAAUGUUGACUUUUUGGAUUCAACAAUGCUCAGGAUUUACACAAACGUUUGGAUCCCUCGAGAUGGAAACAGUGACACAAAGGUUUUUUUCUUACACGCACCCACCUGACCCGGUGUGAAAGCCGAUCUGCCCAACCCGCACUAAUAAGUGUUAUUCAGCCACCCGAACCCGACCCAACCUGCAAAGUGACAACUUAAUGAUUUAUACUAGCACGACUGUCAGGGUUAAGUGUGCGGCGCAGGUUGUGUGUGUGUUGUCGGAGACAUGUGGAGGACGACAAAGAAAAAACAAGGUGGAGUACUGCAAGUAAUGCUUCUGUACGUUUUUUUUUCACAAUUUACUUGAAAUGCUGCUUAGUCACAUUUCCCCUUUCCAAACAUUAUUGUAAUGAAUUGUAUUUAUAGUAUAACACUAAUAAUAGUCAAACUAAUCUUCAUCAGAACAGAAAAGCUGUGCAACAACUCAGACGUCAACAAUAUCAGUGAAGCUUGAACUGUUUUUUUUUUUUUUUGCAGCUCUACUGCAGAACCAUAGAAGCCCAUAAAACAACAGAACCUUGUUGUCGACUUGCUCCCACUCACAGCUCCUCACGGAGAUGGUUUUAACACGAGGGAAAGGGAACAACACCCUGAUGAAGGAAAGAGGGAGCGGCCGGCCUAAGUGUGCGCCACUUGUAUUCUCACCUAAGGGCAUUAAGCCUGAUCCUUCCACAGUGUAGUAAAGUGGGGGGUGUGGACCAUUGUUGUUGCAAAGUGCUGCAAAGGUCCAAACAAGAAGAAGAUUUUGAUGAUGCAGUGUGUUCCCUAAUAUAACAGUGGGGGUUUUUUUAGCCGUAAAAUGUACAAAAUCCUUGUAAAGAGAUUGCUGAUAGGGGGGAAGGGGAUACGCACCACUAAAGGCCCGCUCACACUUUCAAACGGUUCCAAUGUAAUCUGAACUAGAAGACUCAGAACCUGAUAUGUCACUAUUCCACUUGUACUCUGCUCUACUGGAGUUUACAUCCUCCCCAGAAGAGGGACAGGAAGUUGACAGUAGACUGGAACCAUACAUUGCGUCACCUUAUUGGUCUUACCCGUUAGCUCGUUAGCAACUAGCUUGCGGAAAAAAUGUACCGUUGGAAACCUUGUUUUUCACCUCCUUGUUUUUCAAUAUCUAUUUGUUGAAUGAAUUGCUGUUGAUUCUUGAUAAUGACAUGUCAUGGUGGAGUAAACAGCAUGUCACGAACAGGAUUGGCAAGAGUUAGCAUGUUCCCCGCUGGCUAGCACGUUAGCGGUUUGCCGGCUACAUUUGUUCACCACUUGACCUCGAAUUUGUUUUCUCUCUGUUGUGACUGAUCUUUAAUUGCAUACAUUCAUGUUCAAAAGCAGGGAGUUAGCAGCAUUGUACGUUCUAAACUUAAUCCUUGUUUAUAUUACAGGUUGAACAAGGACAAAUUCCCAACCUCUUUAAGUGUGUGUCCAAUCAGUAUCGAUAUUAGACCUAAUCUAUUGAAGCAGGACAGCAGGAUCACUUUAGGUCACUUUUGCACUCGUUGGGCAUCCAAAUGAAUUUGAGGAAUAUUUCUCCUAGGGCUUAGGUAGGUUUACCUUCCUUUUUUUCUGGGGAAAUGAAAAUCCCUGGUGUAAAUUCCCAAUUAUUCCCCAUGGUUGUAUUCCUAAAAAGCCUCCAAAACCGCAGUUAGAGGUCAUGGGACAAUAAAACAAGGCACGUAACAUUCUCAUAGACUCCUUUAUAAUGGCCGAGGUCUUCAACAGCAGGAGGGGUGUUGGAUACACUGGGUGUUGAACCGAAGAGUUAAUUUAUUUGUCUGGGAUAUAUGUCCCUUCUGUAAAAGUCUGCCAGAGGAAGCAUGCAGUCGUGAAAGCAAUAAAACGUUCAUUUAUCUUCCAACACUAUCAGCAGUCACUCUCUGCCUCGUCUGUGACGCCGGAAGGGGACCAAUAUGUUUUUUACUGAUCAGGAAUCUGAACUAUUUAUCUUGAUGUCGUUACAGUUUAGUUUUUAUAAAUGGUCUGUACCAUACAGUGGUUUUAUAUUAGCUCUAUAAAUGUCAACUGCAUAUAUAAAGAAA